AUGGUUAUGCAUGCAAUUCGAGAAAGGGCGGAACAUACUUCUGAUGGUGGUAGGAUCGAUAAGAAAGCAUUGGAAAGAUUUGAGGAUCUUUACGACAAGAUCCAUCGAACUUGGAAGUCCCAAUCUGAUGUGCGAUCUUUUGCAACCCUUUGUUUGUUACAAAAGAAGAUUAAGGCAGAGACUGAUACAAUUCAAAAUGAUGAGAACGAGGUUAUAGCAGUACCAAAUGCAAAUAGUAAUAUGGUCGACGAUCUUAUUGAUGAUUCAGAUGCCGAUGCAGAUUUUCGAGAACAAUUACAAGCGUAUCAAAGGGAUAAAGGCUUAUCAUCAGCUAUUGAAGACUCAUCUAGAUCUUCCAAUCGAGAUGGCAUGGAAGCUCCGAGUCCGAAUCGGAAUACAGGAAAUAAUACUCCCCAAGAUUCUGGAUUUAUAAACAAUAAUUCUUUUGUUCAGCAACAAGCUGUCAGUUCUAUUAAAGAAAAGAAUAUAGAUUCUGAUAAUGAACAAAUAUUACCUCGCCAUCCACGCCGACCACCUCUAGCAAAACAACAAGACAACGGAAUACCACAAUGUACUAUACGAAUCAAUACGCGUUCUGGACCUAAUGGUACAACAUUUACUACUACUGGCACAGAUUUGAGAUCGAUGCAAGCCUUACCUUCAAAUUCUACACUAUCUCGAUUAUUAUGCAAUACAGGAUUAAAGGUUGAAGGAAAUCCUACCACCGCAUGGAUUCGAUAUUCAACACCAGCCAUGGAAAGAUCUACUAUGUCCUCGAAAUCGGAGCCAUCAAAUAAUAAUACAGAUAGACAUGGAGAUGUAUGGGAUGAGGCAAGCUUUGUUGAUAUGAUAAAGUUUGUUACUUUAAAGGAUUACAGAUUUUGUGAAGAUGGUGAGCAGUUGCAAAUUAAUGUUUGGCAGAUAUCUAUGCCACCAAGUAUUUCAAAGAAGCUUUCUCAGGGCCAAAGUACUACUAGGAAUGGAGGAGAGGAGAUCAGCAAAGGAUAA